UCAUGGUAUUAAGGUGACUUUUGCCAAAACUGCUAAUGCUAAAAUGCUUGAGCACCUACCGGGGUAAAGUAAGACAAAGUGUGAUAAAAUUCAAAAACAAUCGGACCAAAGUCACACGGUCACUCCCACACCUUUAGCAUUAAAAAAUCACACACAAAAAAAGCUCACACCUCUUUUAAAUAAAAAACCCCAGCCAAAAUUCCAAAACGAAUGAAUACAUCAGUGGUAAAUUAAUCCACUGUUUCUCUCUAUGGCUCUACUUCAUUACAACCAGAAUUACCUGGGUUUUGUGGCAAAACUGCUACUAAUAGCAACACUCGCCGUUGGAGUAGAAGCCAUUGGAGUGAAUUGGGGAAGAAAUGCAUCACACCCACUUCCACCUACAAAAGUUGUGCAACUUCUUAAAUAUAACAAUAUCACCAAAGUUAGGCUAUUUGAAGCUGACCCUUUUGUUCUUCAAGCUCUUCAAGGUUCCAAAAUAGAGGUCAUUUUGGGUAUUCCAAAUUCAAUGUUACCCAGGUUAAAUUCUUCUUUGAAGGUUGCUCAGAGUUGGGUACAUGAUAAUCUUACUCGUUUUCUAUCUGAUUCUUCCCCUAAAGUUCGAAUUCAGUACAUUGCUGUUGGGGACAGUCCAUUUCUGCAAUCUUAUGGUGGGCAGUAUGUUCCUUAUGUUGUUGGUGCUUCCAUGAACAUUCAAGCAGCCUUAACUAGGGCAAACAUAGCAGACCAGGUAAAGGUGGUCGUUCCAUGUAGUUAUGAUGCCUUUCAAACAGAAUCUGGGUUGCCUUCUAAGGGGCACUUUAGGCCUGAUCUCAACAAGACCAUGAUCCAGCUGCUUGCGUUUCUCUCUAAGCAUAACUCACCAUUUAUGUCAAGCAUAUCUCCCUUUCACCUUUUUCAACAGAAUAAAAACAUCUCCCUUCAUUUUUCCCUCUUUAAGGAAACUUCUCACCCUCAUAAAGAUGGAAAAAAGGUCUAUGACAAUAGCUUUGACUUGAGCUAUGAUACUUUGGUAACUGCGAUAUCAGGUGCUGGCUUUCCCCAAAUGGAUAUCAUCAUUGACCAGAUCGGAUGGCCCACAGAUGGAGUGGUUAAUUCCAAUUCCUCCACAGCUGAAUCAUUCAUGAAAGGCUUGUUGAGCCAUCUUCGUAAGAAGUCAGGGACUCCAUUGAGGCCCCAUAAACCACCAAAAGAAGCAUACAUUCUCAGUCUCUUAGACGAGGAUCAAAAAAGCAUUGUUGAUGGUGGUUUUGAGAGACACUGGGGAAUUUUUACUUUUGACGGACAAGCUAAAUACAGCGUUGAUUUUGGCCAAGGCUCAAGAAGCCUCGUAAAUGCUCAAAAUGUGGAGUAUCUCUCUGCCAAAUGGUGUGUUGUGAAUGACAACAAAGAUCUUAGCAACGUUACGGCAAGUGCCUUAGAUGCAUGUUCCAAUGCAGAUUGCAGUGCCCUCUCUCCUGGGGGCUCGUGUUAUAAUCUUACUUGGCCUGGGAACAUUUCUUAUGCUUUCAAUAGCUAUUAUCAGCAGCAUGAUCAAAGCCCUGAUGGGUGUGAAUUUGGAGGGUUAGGUUUGGUUACUACUGUUGAUCCAUCUGUAGAUAAUUGUAGAUUUUCUGUUCAACUCCAGACUGCAUACGGAGGUUUUCUUCAAGUGCCUUCGUCAAUGUACUUGAUUCUUUUGUACACGGCAGGAUUUCUGAUAUAAUUAUGUAGCUCCACAACUCAGAACUAUGGCAAGCAGCAAUUUUCAUCUGUUUCUAUGUAGCUGCGUCCUAGAGAUUUUGUUAAAGGAGAGCAAGCUUAAAAUGACUGUUUAGGCUUCCCCUUUCCUUUGCUGUUUAGGCUGGGUUAAUUUAUCUGAGUUGGUUGCUUGAUUUUUUGUCCAAGUUUAGAAUGACUGUUGUACAUGGUUAUUUCUGAUUUCUUUCACCCUGUAAAAAUCACAGCAGUGCUGAACAUGAUGAAAGGAGGACUUCAUUGGAUCUUGACAA